AUGCCGCUGAUGCUGCUUGCGUUUGGCGAUGCCUUCGACCAGCUUGGUCUCAGCGCGACGCUGCCCGGGGCGAGGAACACCGGCUCCUCGGUCACAAAAAUGCUGCUCACCUUCAUCUACAUCGGCGCGCAUGCGCGGCUCUCCUCGUGGGCGCAGGUUGCGCGCUACAAGCGCGCCUUCCUCAAGGCGGUGCUGCGGCAGGACGUGGCGUGGUACGAGAGCGCGCGGCCGGAGGAGCUCUCCGCCCGCAUCGCAGACGGGAUGGCCAAGGUGGAGAAGGGGCUUGGCGGCUCGGUCUUCGUCCUCUUCGAGGGCGUCGGCUACGGCGUGGGCGGCCUGGUCGUCGGGCUGAUCUACCAGCCUGCGGUCGCGGGCAUCACCCUCGCCACGGUCCCCCUCCUCAUCCUCCCCGCCUCGGCGCUCAUGUACGUGCUGCAGAACGGCUCGCAGCGGGCCGGCUGCUCGGGCGAGCCGGGAGGAGCCGUCCCUCAGCCCUCGCCGCGCCCUCCUCGUAGGCUCAAAGAUGGCGGGUACGCGACCGAGGCGCUGUUUGCGAUGCGGACGGUCGUGGCGCUGGAGCUGGAGGGGCACUUCGCCGCCAAGUACGAGGAGGCCCUGCGCGCGGUGCGGCGGUGCCUCCUGCGGUGCCUCCUCACCGCCCCCCGCCAAGCGGCAGGCAUCCUGUACGGCUCCUUCACCCUCUCAAACGAGAUGGAGGAGUCCGCAUUCGAGUACGUCGUCGACGGGAUCCGCUACUGCGCGUACGACGGAGACAACACGCCGGCGGGCGCGACGCCCAACACGUCGUGCGCGCCGCUCGUCCCGUUCGAGAUGAACUGCAACUGGGCGGAGCUCUUCGGCACCGCCGCCUCGACGCCGCUCGACGCCACACCCCUUGGAGGCGGCGAGUCGAGCGCACAGCUCGGCGGGCCGAACCUCACCCUCCUGGAGGGGAUGGGCUUCGAGAGCGUCGGCGCCUUCAACGCGUACGUCGUCGCUUCCUCGCCGCCGGGGUACGACAAUGACGGGUACCACCCGUGCCGGAUGGCGGCCAAGCUGGUCCUCAUCGCCAUCCUCGCGAUGAUGAUGGCGGGCGAGGGCUUCUCCCUCUCCGGCCCGCCGGCGCAGCUGCUCGUCGUCGCAAAGCAGGCGCCAGAUCCUCCUGAGAUGGCGCGAGAUGCCCCGAGGUGGCGCGAGGUGCCCCGAGAUCAGCGGCGAGCGAGGGUGCGACCCCUGUGUGCGAGGGGCGGCGAGCGUGGGGUGCGGGCUCACCGAGCCUCGCUGGGCACAAAGGCGGCGGCGGACGUGCUCUCCAUCAUCAGCCGCGUGCCAGCCAUCGACUCCUUCUCCGAGGCUGGGCAGACGCCCGAGGCGGUGGCGGGGGAGAUCGAGGUGCGCGACGUGGUCUUCGCGUACCCCACCGCGCCCGACCACCUCGUCUGCAACGGCUACUCGCUCUCGGUGUCCGCGGGGCAGACGGUGGCGCUGUGCGGCGCCUCGGGCAGCGGCAAGUCGACUCUCGUCGCGCUGCUCGAGCGCUUCUACGACCCGCAGGGCGGCGCGAUCCUGCUCGACGGCGUCGACCUGCGCGACCUGAACGUGCGCUGGCUGCGCGCGCAGCUCGGGCUGGUGGGGCAGGAGCCGGUCCUCUUCCAAGGCUCGGUGGCGGACAACAUCCGGUACGGCAAGGCGGGCGCGAGCGACGCCGACGUCGAGGGCGCGGCGCGCUUGGCCAACGCGCACGGCUUCAUCACGAGCAGCCUCGCCGACGGGUACGCCACGCAAGUUGGCCAGGGCGGCUCGAAGCUUUCGGGCGGCCAGAAGCAGCGCGUGGCGAUCGCACGCGCCAUCGUUCGCAAGCCGGCGGUGCUGCUGCUUGACGAGGCGACGUCGGCGCUCGACAACGAGAGCGAGCGGGUCGUGCAGGCGGCGCUGGAUGCGGUGGUGGCGGAGACGCGUCGUACGACGCUCGUCAUCGCGCACCGACUGUCGACCAUCCGCAACGCCGACAGCAUCGCCGUGCUGAGCGAGGGCCGCGUCGUUGAGAAGGGCUCCUUCGAGGAGCUCGUCUCGCGGCCGGGCGGCGUCUUCGCCAAGCUCGCAAAGGAGCAGGAGGAGCUGCUCAAGGAGGACCGCGCCACGAUCGCGAGCGCGGCGGGCGACGAGGGCGGCGACUCGCUCUCGGCGAGCGGGCCCGUGGCGGCGGCGCUGGAGCCCCCCCCGGCCUCCACAAAGGAGGGAGAGGACGGGCUCGGGCUGGCGCGGUCGGAUCGCGCGGUGCACCUGCUGCUGAUGGUCCUCUUCUCUGGCGCGGCGUGCGUCGGCCCCUCCAUCGGCUUCUACUUCGUGACCGAGGCGAGGGCGGUGAUGGUCGUGCUGUACGACGGCGACCCGAGCCGGAUGCGAUCCGACGCGGUCGAGCUCUCCACCCGCCUCGCCAUCAUCGCCGGCGCAACCACGUUCGCCUUCUUCUGCUCGGGCUACUUCAACGGCGAGGCGGGCGCCUCGCUCACCGCCAAGCUGCGCCAGCGGGGCUUCGGCGCGCUGCUCCGCCGCGACGCCGGGUCCACGAAGACUGAUUCACGACUGCCUCGCGCGCUGCUCCGCCAAGACAUCGGCUUCUUCGACGCCAACUCUGCGUCGGAGCUGACCGCCUUCCUGGCGGACAAGGUGGACAAGGUCAAGACCAUCACGACGGAGCAGCUCGACCUGGUCGCGCAGCUGGUGGGCGGGCUCGGCUCCGUGCUCGUCAUCAUCCUGUGGAAGUGCUCGUGGCGCGCGCAGCCCUCGAGCUCGGCCGGCGCCGUGGAGGAGGGAGGCUUGCUUCACCGCCCGCUUGCCCGUGAGCAGGCAGCUCUUCCUCGUCUGGCGGACGAGAAGAAGGCGGCGCAGGGCAAGAAGGUCACCUCGCGCCGCUUCGUCGCAAAGGCGAGCGCGAGCAAGGCGAUCGGCGAGGCGGUGCUUGGCAUCCGCACUGUCGCCUCCUUCAACCUGGAGCAGCACUUUUACGAGAGCUACUGCGCCUCCAGCGCCGACGCGGCACGGUACGGCAAGCGCGAUGCGAUCGUCGGCGGCUUCUUCAACGGGCUGACUAUGGGCGUGCUCAUGUGCCUCGUGGGCGUCUCAUUCUACUACGCCGUCUGGCUCGCCGACCAGGGCAUCAUCACUCUCGCCAUUGCGCCGCUGCUCGUCCUCACGGGGGCGAUGGUGCCGCUCCUCAAGCUGGGCCAGCUCGCCAGCCUCAAGAGCGCAAUCGGCGCCGCCUCCCGCCUCUUCGCGCUAUUCGACCAAACGCCAGCCAUCGACUCCUUCUCCGAGGCUGGGCAGACGCCCGAGGCGGUGGCGGGGGAGAUCGAGGUGCGCGACGUGGUCUUCGCGUACCCCACCGCGCCCGACCACCUCGUCUGCAACGGCUACUCGCUCUCGGUGUCCGCGGGGCAGACGGUGGCGCUGUGCGGCGCCUCGGGCAGCGGCAAGUCGACUCUCGUCGCGCUGCUCGAGCGCUUCUACGACCCGCAGGGCGGUGCGAUCCUGCUCGACGGCGUCGACCUGCGCGACCUGAACGUGCGCUGGCUGCGCGCGCAGCUCGGGCUGGUGGGGCAGGAGCCGGUCCUCUUCCAAGGCUCGGUGGCGGACAACAUCCGGUACGGCAAGGCGGGCGCGAGCGACGCCGACGUCGAGGGCGCGGCGCGCUUGGCCAACGCGCACGGCUUCAUCACGAGCAGCCUCGCCGACGGGUACGCCACGCAAGUUGGUCUCAAGGGCAGUCGUCUUUCGGGCGGCCAGAAGCAGCGCGUGGCGAUCGCACGCGCCAUCGUUCGCAAGCCGGCGGUGCUGCUGCUUGACGAGGCGACGUCGGCGCUCGACAACGAGAGCGAGCGGGUCGUGCAGGCGGCGCUGGAUGCGGUGGUGGCGGAGACGCGUCGUACGACGCUCGUCAUCGCGCACCGGCUGUCGACCAUCCGCAACGCCGACAGCAUCGCCGUGCUGAGCGAGGGCCGCGUCGUCGAGAAGGGAACGCACGCGGAGCUUCUCUCUCUUGGUGGCUUGUACACCCGCCUGGUGAUGGCGGCGUCGUGA